AUGAGAAGAGAAACAAAUCAUUAUCAAUCAGCAUCUCCUUUAUUUCCUCGUCGAUCACCAUUACCUCAAAAUGAUUAUCGAAGAUAUUCCUAUGAUCCAAUUAAUCGACCUAUUGAAUAUUAUUCAUCUAAUUCAAAAUUUAUCUUCAAUGACAUAACAACGAUUAAUCCACCUCAACUAUCACCAUUAGAAAAAUUUUGUUAUAAAAGAAUGUGUAAAGCAUGUGUUCCUGAACAUAUUCGUACUCCUGAGGAAAAACCUCAAUUGAUUGAUAUUAAUAUACUCUAUCCAUAUGAUCCAUAUAAUAUCGAGCUUGAACAUUUUACUGAAGAACAAAUUGAAGAAUUUCGACAAGCUUUCCUAUUGUACGAUAAAGAUUCAGACGGUGCCAUAAAUCCUAAAGUACUUGGACACGUAAUGAGAACACUUGGACAAAAUCCCACUGAAGACGAACUCAAAGGAUUAAUCAAUGAGUUUGAUUGCGAUGGUAAAGGUUUGAUUGAUUUUGAUGAAUUUCUUCAAAUGAUGGCUAAACGAGCUAAAGAACACAAUGAAGAAGAUGACCUAAGAGAAGCUUUUCGUGUAUUUGAUAAAAAUGGACUUGGUUUUAUUAAAGUAGCUGAAUUAAAACAUGUAAUGACCAAUUUAGGUGAACAAUUUUCUGAUGAUGAAGUCGAUGAAAUUCUAAGUGAAUUCGAUGUAACUGGCAAUGGAAUUAUAGAAUAUGAAGACCUUGUUAAAAUGGUUACUGGUAAAUAG